CCCGCUCCAGGAAGUGCGGGGGCUCCAGCCGCCCGGCGGGCCGCGAUGCAUUCUGGGAAAGCAGCAGCACCAGAUCCAAGAUGGCGGCCAGCAGGAGGCUGAUGAAGGAGCUUGAAGAAAUCCGCAAAUGUGGAAUGAAAAACUUCCGUAACAUCCAGGUUGAUGAAGCUAAUUUAUUGACUUGGCAAGGGCUUAUUGUUCCUGACAACCCUCCAUAUGAUAAGGGGGCCUUCAGAAUCGAAAUCAACUUUCCAGCAGAGUACCCAUUCAAACCACCGAAGAUCACAUUUAAAACAAAGAUCUAUCACCCAAACAUCGAUGAAAAGGGGCAGGUCUGUCUGCCAGUAAUUAGUGCUGAAAACUGGAAGCCAGCAACCAAAACCGACCAAGUAAUCCAGUCCCUCAUAGCACUGGUGAACGACCCCCAGCCCGAGCACCCACUUCGGGCUGACCUAGCUGAAGAAUACUCUAAGGACCGUAAAAAAUUCUGUAAGAACGCUGAAGAGUUUACAAAGAAAUACGGGGAGAAGCGACCUGUGGACUAAACUCUGCCGCGACCGAUUCCAGCGAGUGUGAGCGGAGACCCUGAACAGCGCAUUCAGACACCCCGCAAAGCAGGACUCUGUGGAAAAUUGACACGUGCCGCCGCCUGGCGUUUGCUUGUGGCAGUUACUAACUUUCUACAGUUUUCUUAAUCAAAAGUGGUCUAGGUAACCUGUAAAGAAAGGAUUAAAAAUUUAAGAUGUUCUAGUUCUGCUUUCUUUGUUUUAAAAAUCACUGCUUCAAUCUACUUUAAAAGAAUGGUGUUUCUUUUCUUGUCCAAAUUGAUCCAGAACCUUCAAUUUACAUUUAGCCCUUAAGGUUAAGAAAAAAGGAAAAAAAAAAAAAGGUUGCAGUUCCCUUUCUUCCCCUGCCCCUGCAGCUCCCACUUUCUUCCAUUUGGUUUAUUUUUCACCCAUUCACUUCCCCCAGACCCAGGGCUAUCUCCUCUGCAAAGGGGAAGAGACCGCUCCUGGCCGGUGUGGUGGCUUCUCUCCCAUGUUGCACUGCCCUGUGUGGGAGUUGGUUCAAAUUCUCCUGGCUCCAAUUUAAACAUCCUUUUAAAAAAAUUUAAAAACAAGCAAACCACCACUCACCAUCCCACCACCUUCCCCUCACCACCAAAAAAACCCAACAAACAAAACAAAACAAAAAAACCAGCCAUGAAAAGGGAGGCCCAGUUCUUAUGUAAAAAUCUGGCCAGUGUUACCACAGUAACAUUGAUUAAAUGGGCAAACCCUGAUGUCUGUAUGUGUGAUUGAACUUCAGCCUGGCCUGGCCUGCUUGGGGGAACCCAGGUCUGUGGCCACGCCAGGGAAGGGCCUGCCGACCGGAGGACGCUGUGCACUUGCGUGAGAAAUUCCUCGCCAGAGAGGCUCUCGAGGCCAAAUGUUGACGCUCCUCCCUGCAGCCACUGCAGAAGACGUGCUGGUCAUUGCCGACAACGCUGAAGCCAGAAUGUCCACGUGAAAUUUCACGCUCACCUGUCACCGAGCUCCAUAUGAAUGUGCCACGGAGCUCGCGCUCCCAGCUCCUCAGCGCAGCACAGCCCCAAUGCGACCCUCCCUCGGCACAGUUUGACCCUUUGCGGGGUUGGAAUUGGCGGGACUCGGCUGUAGCCAGCAGCAGGCUGGGGUUGCCGGCGCCCUGCUGGCCCCUUCGGAGCAGCCGGCCAGCCCAGGAACAAGAUGGCCUUCCCUCUCCCUCUGGACUCACAGCCUUUGCAGAGUCAAGCUCCACUUGAAGCUCACUCAGUAAUAUCCUUUACAUGUGUUUUAUAUUGUUUUGACUGCCUUUUUUUGUAGAAAUAAAAAUUGACCUUAGAAUUUAUCAUCAGAUGAACUUGUAAGGAUUUGAAUGUUACUGUCUUUUCAAAGCAAAUGGGACUGCCCCUGAAAUCGAGAAUGCAUGUCACUGACACCCGGAGGAAGCUGAUGGUCCAAACGCCGUAUGUCACCAACUCCUCCUUCUGCCACUGGCGGCUGCCCUUCUGGUUCUCAGGGGGAACUAGAUCCUGUGGACAAGAUGACGUAAAGAAACUGCUUUGUGUUUUUAGCUCUCUUAACGUGGGAUCUUUCCGGGGCUUACAGACCUGUAAGACGGUUUCACCUGUGCAGAGGUGGGUGUGAUGGGUAGGUUAGGCAGCAGAAUGUUGUUUAGUUGUCCAGGUGCGUGGCCCCUGCAGUAUGUCAGUGAACUCCGCUUCUUUAGUCCUAGGUACACCAGGGGCAGGUUCUGGAGACUUCUCUGUGCCCAGGAACGCAAGAGUGCCGGGCCAGUGUUUCCACAUCUGUCUCUUCAUUAGCAGAGAGGUGAUGAUGGACUUUAAUUUCACUCACAUGCAGGUUUGUAAUAAAAUGCCAAAUUCUGUCAGAAGCUAUACAAAUAAGCCACCAAUUGUUCUCAUUGCUUCUCUGAACCCAGAAAUAUUGCCAUUCUUGGGAACUGUCCCAUUGCUUCAUCUCUCUCUACCAGCGUAGCUCUGCCCGCCUGUCCCCCUCUCACUUCUCUGCUCAUCGUGGGAGGAUACCUUUGUCCAAGCCGACAGCCACUAGGGGACUCUGAGCCCUGGCAUGGCAGCCCACGGUUUGCCCCAUCAGAGGCCUGGCCCUGGGAGAGCAAGGCAGUGGGUGGUUCCUCCCUCAGACCUAGGCGGUUUGUACCCUCCAGCCUGGGCAGUCCCCGGGACAGGCUUUGAAACAUGCUGGCCAGCAGUCCUGGCUGCUCCACACCCAAACAGCUGGGCCCUCUGGAGAAGGGGAGAGCUGUCGAGCAGCCACUGCUGACCUGAGCCCACUCAGGAAUUCACGUCCGCCAGGUUCCUCAGAGUGCGCUGGGUCCACCCCCUCUGCCCUGCCCCUCCCCACCAUACCCAUGGUGGAGAAUAGGCUUUCUAAGAUGCUGCGAUCCCCUUUUGCUGCCCUUAAUAAAAAUGCUCUCCGACA